AAAUCGGUAUGUUUCAAAAACUUUCAGAAAUGAUCGGUUGAAAAACAGAAAGAGAAGUUAGUUCAAAUCAGUUAUAAGUGAAGUUGGGCAGGUGCAAGUUACGCGGAAUGAACCCUUUACACGUCUUCUGCACGUCGUCUGCUCGGCGCUGCUCGGGCUGUGCUGUUAUUGCGUCAACAAUAACUGCGAUAUAACAAAAUGAUAAGUGUUAGGGAAAUGUCAUUCUGAUUCAUCCAUAUAAAAAAAAACCUUCAUAAAAAGUUUUGGUCAGUCUUAUUUUGCACUGUGUGACUAGACCUUACUUUCGCCCACUUAGACAAAAUCAUAGGUCUAACCAAAAAAUUCCUUCAGAUCGGAGGUUUGUGGUGUUCUUCUCAUGGCUAAUGCUACUAGUGAUGGUCGCAAUCCACCUGACACCAAUAUAUUAGACUUACCAGAAGAAGUUUCAAUUUUUAUAUUUUCAUUUUUAUCAGCAUCAGAGUUAGGUGACAGUAUUGCUAAAGUAUGUACAUUAUGGAGAGAGUACUCACAAGCGUACCAGCUCUGGAGACAAUUGGAUUACGUUGUGGAUGGUGUGUUAAGCAAAAGAGAGCAAAUAUCAGUUUUUCAGACUGCGUCAGCAUUUCGAAGGUUGACUUUAAAGGACAGUACAAGUUUAGAAUGUCUUUUGCCCUUACUCUUCUGCAACUGCUCGAGUAUUCAAGAAUUGGCCAUAUGUGGUGAGGAAAUGGAUCCUGAAGUUCUGAGAAGCCUAGCUAAAGAAUACAAAGGUUCCAUAAUAUCACUCACUCUUGAGGGAAUGGAACUCAACAAUAGCUGGUACUCAGCAAUAUCAGAUUUAGCAAAAGGUUUGAACUCACUGACUUUAAAAGCUGAUUGUUGCGUGUGGGCAAUGGGACUCUUGUCAGUUGAAUGCACCGCCCUCACUUCACUAAAGUUAACCAGUUGCCGUCAAACUGAGGAUCACAGACGCCAGGUGCAAGGAGUAAAACGAAUGCUGCGCUUACUGCCAGAUGGCUUACAGAUAUUACAGCUAGGUGCUCACAUUUCUCCCAACACAGAUAUAUUACAGGCAAUUGGGGAAAAGCGAAGGAUUGAAAAUUUAGUUCUUGAGGACUGCUGUGAAAUUUUGGAUAAGGAUUUGCUCAACCUCCUGAGCUUAGGUCAAUUGCAGAGCCUGCAAUUGUGGCGGGCCCAUAGAGUGUCUUCAGAAGGGCUGAUAAAUUUCAUUAGUUUCUCAAGAUUUUUAUCUUUACGACAUCUUGACUUGUUUGAUUGCCCAAAUCUUAAUGAUGAUGUCUUGCAGGAAAUAACUAUUAAAUGUCGCCAUUUACAAACUUUGGACAUCAGCAGCUGCCAUUUAUUAACAGAUAAUGGAAUUGCAAGUGUUUUCCAAUUUUGCUCCGACCUCCAGACUUUAAGGAUGAGCCAUCUUCCACAGCCCACAGGGCAUGGAUACCUCUUUGAACUACCACAACUUUUGCCAAAAUUGGUUUACCUGGACGCGUACAACUGUUGCAAUAUAUCCUGUGAUGUUCUCGAAGGCCUAGAAACCAACAAAUUAAUUGUCAUGUAUGGAAGACGUGGUAGGAGACGAUAAGCAUCUGUAGAAAGAAAGGUGAUCCUUUCCACCAAAUAGUUCUUUAAUAAACCAAUCUUAAGAACCUA